UUAAUUGAUUCUUGUUUCAGCAUGGCUUCUUCAAGGGUGCAUGCUGGCUCAUCACAAACAGCUUUAGAGACUGAUUCUGGAGAGAAGCGUCUCAAUGAACUUGGAUACCAGCAAGAACUCCGAAGAGAUAUGGUUAUCAAUUUUAACAUUAAUCUUCCCUUUUUGCUAUAAUCUUUUUUCAGUUAAUGGAAACUCUAAAUGGGGUUUGAGUUCGAGACUUCAUAUUCCAUUUUCCAGUACCAUUUGCAACACGCACGAGCGAGUGGCAUCCUCAAAUUAUAAUAGUUCAGAAAACCCUUUUCAAGACCCUUGCAAUUACAUUCUCGAGCAUGGCAGUAUUUACUGGAACACCUCUAUAUGGUCCAAGCUUGCGUUAUGCAGGACCUGCAAGUAUGAUAUGGGGAUGGAUCGUUGUCACUUUCUUCACUUGGUUUGUUGGAGUAGCCAUGUCUGAAAUUUGCUCCUCUUUCCCUACCACAGGUUCGCUUUACUUUUGGGCUGCUCAUUUGGCUGGACCCAGAUGGGGGCCAUUUGCAUCUUGGUGCUGUGCCUGGCUCGAGACUAUUGGUGUCAUUUCAGGCAUUGGUGCUCAGGCAUAUUCAGCUUCUCAGGCUCUGCAAAUGAUCAUUCUUUUGUCUACUGGAACAAACAAUGGUGGAGGCUACUUUGCUUCAAGGAGUGUUUUCUUGUGUAUGUAUAUUGGUUUUAUUAUCAUUUGGGCAGUGCUCAACACUUUCGCUUUAGAAGUCGUUGCAUUCCUUGACAUUAUCUCCAUAUGGUGGCAGGUGAUUGGGGGUUUAGCAGUGGUAAUAAUGCUUCCAUUGGUAGCAAGGCCGACACAACCUGCUUCUUAUGUGUUCACUCACUUUGAAACAUCACCUGAAGCUACUGGAAUCAGUAGUAUUCCUUACGCAGUAAUUAUGUCUGUACUACUUAGCAACUACUGCCUUUACGGUUACGACACUGCAGCACAUUUAACUGAGGAAACAAAAGGUGCUGAUAAAACAGGUCCUAUUGCCAUUCUUUCUAGCAUUGGCAUCAUCUCUGUUUUUGGAUGGGCUUAUUACUUAGCUCUCACUUUCAGUAUCAAGGAUUUGAACUAUCUGUACAACGAAAACAAUGAGACUGGUGGUGCAUUAGUACCAGCACAGAUAAUCUAUGAUGCAUUUCAUGGAAGGUAUGGAAACUCAGCUGGAGCGGUAGUUUUCCUCUGCAUAAUCUGGGGAUCAUUCUUCUUUUGUGGACUUUCAGUAACUACGAGUGCUGGCAGAGUGGUUUAUGCUUUAUCAAGAGAUAAAGGAGUCCCAUAUUCACCUAUCUGGAGAAAAAUUCACCCAAAGUACAAGGUUCCAAGAAAUGCUGUAUGGCUAUGUGCAGCCAUUGGGAUCAUUCUUGGAGUACCCAUUUUGAAGCUUGAUGUAGUUUUCACAGCAAUCAUAUCAGUAAGUACAAUUGGAUGGGUUGGAGGGUAUGCUGUACCAAUAUUUGCAAGGCUAAUCAUGGAUGAGAGCAACUUCAAGCCUGGACCAUUUUAUUUGGGCAGAGCAAGUAGGCCCAUUUGCUUAGUGGCCUUCUUGUGGAUAUGUUACACCUGUUCAGCUUUUCUAUUGCCAACAGUUUACCCUAUCCAAUGGAAAACUUUCAACUAUGCACCGGUUGCUCUUGGGGUUUGUUUGACAUUGAUAAUGCUUUGGUGGGUAUUGGAUGCAAGGAAAUGGUUCAAGGGUCCUGUAAGAAAUAUUGAUCUGCGGAAUGGAGAUGCUUAACGUGUUUUUACUGUCAAAUAGACUUCAGGAAUGACCUGAGAGUUUAAGUGGCCAUGCAGUCUAAUUAUGUAGGAUUCGAAGGGUUCUUUUGCCUGAAGUAAUAACAUGAACAACAGAAAAAUUAAUUUAAUGUUAGGCUCAAUUUUUAUGGCUGCCAGCCCAAUAUUCCUAUAAGAAUUUUGACAAGAUCAUCAAAUAGUGUUUGUCUGCUGUAGAAAUAUAUUCUUUUUUUUAUGCAAUGUGGGAUGUAUGUCUUUUUGAAA